AUGAAAUUAUCAUUAGAUUUUCGCCAAAUCGCCCCACCCGUCUCCCUUUCCGUCGCGCGUCACGUCGCCAUCUCGUCGCCCGUCCCGUCGCCCUCUUCGUCGCCCUCUCUCCCCUCCUCUCCUCCCGUCGGCCUCUCUCUCGCCCCUCCCUACCGAUCGCCCUCCCGUCGCUCGCCCCGUCGCGCUCUCUCUCUCCGCUCCCUUCCCGUCGCCCUCUCUCUCGCCCCUCCCUUCCCGUCGCGCUCUCUCUCUCCGCGCCCUUCCCGUCGCCCUCUCUCUCGCCCCUCCCUUCCCAUCGCUCUCUCUCUCUCUCCGCUCCGCCCUCUCUCUCGCUCCUCCUUCGAAUCGCGCUCUCUCUCCGCUCCCUUCCCGUCGGCCUCUCUCUCCGCUCCCUUCCCGUCGCGCUCUCUCUCUCCGCUCCCUUCCCCUCGCCCUCUCUCUCGCCCCUCCCUUCCCGUCGCGCUCUCUCUCUCUGCUCCCUUCUCGUCGCCCUCUCUCUCGCCCCUCCCUUCCCGUCGCGCUCUCUCUCUCCGCUCCCGUCCCAUCGCCCUCUCUCUCGCCCCCUCCCUUCCCGUCGUGAUCUCUCUCUCCGCUCCCUUCCCGUCGCCCCUCUCUCUCGCCCCUCCUACCCGUCGCGCUCUCUCUCUCCGCGCCCUUCCCGUCGCCCUCUCUCUCGCCCCUCCCUUCCCAUCGCGUUCUCUCUCUCCGCUCCGCCCUCUCUCUCGCUCCUCCCUUCGAAUCGCGCUCUCUCUCCGCUCCCUUCCCGUUGCGCUCUCUCUCUCCGCUCCCUUCCCAUUGCCCUCUCUCUUUCUGCUCCCUUCCCAUCCUCCCUUCUCGCUCGCCUCGAAUAGCCCUCCCGGCGACCUUCGACUCUCCCAUCACGUAUGCCCUCCUUUCUCCGUCGCCUCUCUCGUUCUCCCUCUGCUAUCGCGUCAGCGUGACCCAUUCCGUACUCUGUUAUUGUGUUUGGUUUGUUUGUUUUUUCUGUCUUUCCAUCUAUUCUCGACACCCUCUCUCUCCGCCGCCUAUCCUCUCUCCCGUCGCCCUCCCGUUUCCCGUCGCCCUCCCGUUUCCCGCCCCCCUCCCGUUUCCCGUCGCCCUCCCUUUUCCCGUCGCCCUCCCGUUUCCCGUCGCCCUCGCGUUUCCCGUCGCCCUCCCGUUUCCCGUCGCCCUCCGUUUCCCGUUGCCCUCCCUUCUUCCGUCGCCCUCCCUUUUCCCGUCGCCCUCGCGUUUCCCGUCGCCCUCCCGUUUCCCGUCGCCCUCCCGUUUUCCGUCGCCCUCCCGUUUCCCGUCGCCCCUCCCGUUUCCCGUCGCCCUCGCGUUUCCCGUCGCCCUCCCGUUUCCCGUCGCCCUCCCGUUUCCCGUCGCCCCCCUUCUUCCGUCGCCCUCCCGUUUCCUACGCCCUCCCUUCCAGUCGCCCUCCCGUUUCCCGUCGCCCUCCCUCUUUCUCUUCAUUCGCGCCUCAAGUCCAAGGCAGCACAUUGA